AUGGCUUUUGAAUCAUCUUCAUCAAUAAAACUCUUGUUUAUUAUGGUUCCACUCAUAGUGAUUGCAGUGCUUGUUUCUGUAUCGGGUCCUAACCCUUCUGAUUGGGUUCCUUUUCCAUACCUACACCAUUUAUGGAGUUCACAAAGUGGUGCUGUUACAAAAACUAUGGAGAAGUCUCAAGUUGCUGUGGCUGGUGACUUUGUUCUCAAUCGAUCUUCUACUCCACCACUUUCUAUUCAGGUUAUUCAAACUCCUCAACAAUUGCAGAAACCAAACCUGGCAGGAAAGCUCAGCAACUUAGACAGAGUCGAAGCUGAUCUACUACAAGCUAGAGCUGCAAUAAGAAAAGCAGUAAAUGGAAAACAAACACAAGACAUAGACUAUGUUCCAACAGGACCAAUGUAUCACAAACCUAACUUAUUUCACAGGAGUUACUUAGAAAUGGAGAAACGGUUCAAAGUAUUUGUGUACGAAGAAGGGGAGCCUCCAGUUUUCCAUGAUGGACCUUGCAGAGAUAUAUACUCCAUGGAAGGAAUUUUCAUCAAUCAAAUGGAGAUGAAUGAUAAAUUCAUAACAAAAGACCCUGAGAAGGCACAUGUAUUUUUCCUUUCUUAUAGUGUAGCAAUGAUGGUCCAUUAUGUCUAUGUACGAGACUCUCGUGCUUAUGACCUCUUAAGGAUAACCGUCAAAGACUACAUCAAUGUCCUUUCCGAAAAAUAUCCCUAUUGGAACCGAAGUCAUGGAGCUGAUCAUUUCAUACUUGCUUGCCAUGAUUGGGGGCCAGAGGUCUCGAAUGCAGUUCCAAACUUGUACAAGAAUUCGAUUCGUGCGUUUUGCAAUGCCAACACCUCAGAGGGAUUCAAGCCAGUAAAAGAUGUAUCUAUUCCAGAAAUCAAUGUUCGAACCGGCAUAAUUGAUGAUCUUCUUGGCGGACCAUCACCAUCUAAGAGAUCAAUUUUGGCUUUCUUCGCUGGUGGGCUUCAUGGGGAUAUUAGGAAUGUUCUACUUGAACAUUGGGAACACAAAGAUGAAGAUAUUCAAGUUCACAAGUACCUUCCAAAGGGUGUGUCUUACUAUGCUAUGUUGAGAAAAAGCAAGUUUUGUCUUUGUCCUAGUGGGUGGGAGGUUGCAAGUCCAAGAGUGGUGGAAGCAAUAUACACAGGUUGUGUUCCAGUGCUGAUUUCAGAUCAUUAUGUUCCUCCAUUCAGUGAUGUUUUGAAUUGGAAAUCGUUUUCUGUUGAAGUCUCUGUCAAUGAUAUACCUAAUUUGAAGAAAAUUCUAUCGAAUAUAUCUCCAAGACAGUAUAUAAGAAUGCAGAGAAGAGUAGGACAGGUUAGGAAACACUUUGAGGUAAACUCUCCACCUAAGAGAUUUGAUGUGUUUCAUAUGAUCCUUCAUUCUAUAUGGCUUAGAAGAUUGAACUUGAAACUCCACGAUGAUCAAUAG